AUGACAUACACAUGUGACAAAACGUUAGUGUCUUGUGGUUGUAGUUAUAAUGAUGUUCAUCUCACUCAAUCAAGAAUUGUAGGUGGUGAAGAAGCAAUACCUCAUAGUUGGUCAUUCGUUGUCUCCUUGCAACAUCGUUCGCCUAACAGUCACUUUUGUGGUGGUUCAAUCUUUUCAGAUUCUUAUAUUCUCACAGCAGCUCAUUGUGUUGAUGAUGAAACACCUUAUCGAAUACAGAUUGUGGCUGGUGUACACAAUAGGUCUGAUCCAAAUAAUACAAUUCGUGAAGUAGAUCACAUUCAUAUUCAUCCAGAUUGGUCACCAUCGUCGAGGGAACGUCGGCAUGAUAUUGCAAUGUUACAUUUAUCACAACCACUCAGACUUGCUUCAAAUCCAUUGUUAACACGAAUUUGUUUGCCAAACGUUCAGUGGCCAAACAAUAUUGAAACUUAUCCGAGUAAUGGUACACGUUUAGCUACAAUCGGCUGGGGUAAUAUAAAAGAGAGCUUUUUCGAUAAUUCACCAGACAAUCUUCAUCAAGUUCAAGUAUUCACAAUUGAUAAUAAUGAUCCAAUUUGUGAUUCUGGUGGACCAAUCUUACAAUGGCUUGGCGAUCGAUGGGAACAGGUUGGUAUUACAAGCUUUGGAAAAGGAUGUGCUGUGAAAGGCGAUCCUGGUAUUUAUACACGAUUAGCUUACUAUUCUGAUUGGAUGGAAUCCGUAACCGAUGCAUCGUCCAACGUAUCAACACCAUUACCACAUGCUGUCUAUCAAUGUGAUCGAACAUCAACAUGUGGUUGUGGUCAGAAUGAUGUUCCUGCGUUAUCAUCUCGGAUUGUUGGUGGUGAAGAUGCUGUCGAAGCUAGUUGGUCAAUGAUGGUUUCACUUCGCUUUCCUGAAGAAUUUCAUCAAUGCGGUGGAACACUCUUAUCUGAAUCAUUCAUUCUCACUGCUGCUUAUUGUGUUGACAAUUUAUCGAUCGGAAGCGAAAUUAACAUCACGGUUGCCGUCGGUAUGACAAAUCGGUCUGAUCCAAGACAAAUUAUACGAGAGGUCGAUCGGAUCUAUAUACAUCCAAAUUAUUCCAGUCAAGCUCGUGAUUAUCGUCAUGAUAUUGCUCUUUUACAUGUCAAAACUCCAUUCAUCUACACUAAUUAUCCAUUUUUGGCUAAAUCAUGCAUUCAUCGAAUCGAUCCACCUGAAUUGACCAUUCAACAUCCAAGAAAUGGCUCACAUUUGACUGUAAUUGGAUGGGGUUUUCUAAAACAGAUAGGUUCCGUUGUACCCGAAAUGCUUCAACAAGUCCACGUUUAUACAAUUGGCAAUGAUCAUCCGGCAUGUUUGGACUCUAUUUAUGAUCCACAACUGCAAUUCUGUGCAGGAAUUAUUGAAGGUGGAAAAGGCGAUUCGGGUGGACCGAUUUUCCAAUGGACAGGACGUUAUUGGGAACAAGUAGGUAUUGUCUCGAAUGUAAAAGGCUGUGGAGAUCCGGGUCGUCCUGGCAUUUAUACUCGACUGUCAUACUACUAUCAUUGGGUGAACGAUAUUCUUCAAAGUCAAGGUGAACAUUUGGAACCAUUAAAUCAAACAACGAGACCUUCAAGUACGAUGUCAACCGCUGUGCAGCGAACGACAUCACGUAAUACGCAACCAACAAGAACGCAAAGCACUACGGUUGUUACUUGUCCAUUUCCAACAACCAACACAAGCCAUGGAAACAAAAAUUAUCAAUAUUUGCGCGCUGUUGGAAUAACUGUUUUCAUUGUGCAUGCUCUUUCGUUGUAUUACAGUGAAUUUUGA